AUGGCCAAACGCGACGGCAACACCCGACGGACGGAAGCGACCCGAGGCACCUGGAAAGUGUCGCGGCGACGCGCCAUGAAUGUGUGUGUUUGUGUGUGUGUUCAGGAGGCAAUCAUGGAUGGGACGGAGGUGACGGUGUCUCCUCGCUCCCUGCACAGAGACAUCAGGUGUCCCAUCUGUCUGGAUAUGCUGAAGAACACCAUGACGGCCAAAGAGUGUCUGCACCGCUUCUUGUCCGACUCCAUUGUCACCGCGCUGAGAGCAGGUAACAUCACACCUCCCCCCGGAAACAAAGAGUGUCCCACCUGCAGGCAGAAGCUGGUCUCCAGACGCUCGCUGCGCCGGGACUCAAACUUCGACGCUCUGAUCUCCAAGAUCUACCCGAGCCAGGACGAGUAUGAGGCCCACCAGCGGAGCGUCCUAGAGCGCCUCAACCGGCUUCACAACAAGGAGGCGCUGAGCUCCAGCAUCGAGGAGGGGCUCCGGCAGCAGGCCCGCUACAGGUUCAAGAGACGCCACCACAAAGAGGGGCCGGCCUCCAAAAUCGAGCUGAUGUUCAAACCCCACCCCGAGCUGGUCCGCGGCCAGGACUACAACCAGACCAGGUUGUUGAGCACGACGGUCAAUGCCACUGUGGACCACAUUUCCAAAUACCUGGCUCUGCGCAUCGCCCUGGACGACUGACAGACUGACGCAGAGAUGGAGGACAGAGGGAGGGAGGAGGGAGGGGGAGGAAGAGGAGAGGAAACAGGAGCAGCAGGGGGAGGAGGAGAGAAACAUCACACCAUCUACAUCCUGACGAGAGGAGGACAGUUCUCUACGCUGAACGGCUCUCUGACUCUGGAGUUGGUCGAGGAGAAAUACUGGAAGGUGAGGAGGCCUCUGGAGAUUCACUACGCUCCCACCAGAGACCAGCAGCAGGCAGCCCCGCAGCCACAGCAGAAGUCCCCCCCCCCUCAGAGGGACGGGUGAGCGGGGGCACCCCAGUGUGGUUCCAGAAUGAAGCCUAAACCCUGGGUUCACUUGCUUUUAAAGUCGUUUUUUGUAUUUAUUAGAUUUGGUUAGAUGCCUGGAAUAAGGGGUGUGGUUAACACAAGCUAUGGAUAUGAUUUGUUUUACGACAUGAGAUAUGUCAGUAAAUCCCUCGGCCUACAAAACAAAAUGUCCUCACUGCACCACUCUUUUAGCGUUUCUUUUUCAAGUGUACUGGAACAGUCUUGAUCACUUUUGGAUGUUAUGAAAUCUGAUCUGAGACCAGAUAUUUGGAGGAUACAUCAAGAAGAAGCAAAAACAAGAGUCUUGGCUUGUGUUCUGGUGAAUAAUCAGGCUGCGUUCGAACAUUUAACAACCGACCACGUUUAUAAAGACAAAGCUGUGCAGUCGGGGUGUUUGAAAUGUGAAUGAAUUAUUUUUAGGUAACGGGGUAAAAAAGAAAGAAGAUACUCACAAAAUAAAAACACAAUUGAAUGUCUCUUAAUAGGAAAUGAUAUCAAUCUAUUAAGGUGAAUACAUGUGGCAGCCAGCCAGGAAAAGUGAAAUAUAUUGGGUCAUAAAUGUGAGUCGUUUUUCAUUCUCAUUUUGUUGACACCGUUAGAAUUUUCAAACAUUAAAAUGAAGGGAUUUCAUUUCAAGUCAAAAGUAUUGAUUGUAAUUCAAAGUGUGUUCUUCCUCACUUUCUUCAGACUGAUAUAGUUGUCCAUAAAUGUAUUGCUCAAGUUAAUGAGAUUCAUCAUUUCCUGUUCUGUGAAAGGUUUGUUACUGAUCUGUUUUAACUUCGACUUUCAGACUCAAGUUAUUAUUUUGUGGAAAAAUGUGAAGAAAAAACUAAAAGUGUAAUGUGUGCAUUAUUCAUGUAUCUGUCUAAUGGGCUGACCUGUUCUACAGCAUGACUAGAUUAAGACACAGCUGUACUGAACAUUUCCUUUUCUGCAAAUGCAUCUUAUACAUUUUCGAGAACUGCUUAACAUGUCAAAGGCUAGAGCCUAUCCCAGCAUGCACUGGGGUAGGACAGGGUGACUACACAUUAUGAGCAAUAUUAUUCAUGGCGUUGUUUUUUUCCUUUAAGGAUAAGUGCAGGUUUCCUGUUGGAUAGAUUUUUUAAAAUCACUUUCAGGUGUGACUUAAGACUUCAUUUGAAAGUGUAGACUAUGUUCCACCUUCAAAUAUGUAGCCAACAUUUCACUUUAUGGUUUCCACUCCACAGGGGGUCCUUGUCUCCUUAUAGGCCAUUAAGACUAGUUUUAUUUAACCAUUUAUAUCUUAAUUUCGUUUGAAUGCAUAUUACAGUUUUAUGGAACAUUUGUAGAUAAAGAAAUGUUUUCUUCAGUUAUGUGGCACAGUGUUUAGUUUUGUCUGCACUUAUUCAGAAUUGUUCAUGUGGCGUUAAGUAGAGCUUUGCAGGGAGGCAUUGAGUGGCUUUAAGCUGCGACUACAGAAGAGUCGGGGUGUUUCUCAAAUGGCGAGUACGCUUGCUUGGUAGCACAUGUCUUCAGAGCGUCUUGCUUCAGAAGCGAGGCGAGAAUACUUCCUGGCAUUCGGAAAACAGAGUUGAACAGGCUAGCAGAUGUUCGUCAUGAGAGGCCCCGCCUUACAUUUUCCGCCACAGAUUUGGGGAAAUUGGUCCGUGCGCAAAGCAUUGUGGGGAUUGUAAGAUCGGAGUCUACACAUGUGAAGCCUUGAAAUGUCUCCAAACGAAGUACCCCGGGCUCAGUAGAAUUCAAAGUAUGCUGGACA